AUGGCCACAAGGACCCCCCCAGCGCUCUCCUCCCCGCUGUCACCAGGGACCCCCUCCGCGCUCUCCUCCCCGCUGUCGUCAGGGACCCCCUCCGCGCUCUCCUCCCCGCUGUCGUCAGGGACCCGCUCCGCUCUCUCCUCCCCGCUGUCGUCAGGGACCCCCCCCCCCCCGCGUUCUCCUCCCCGCUGUCGUCAGGGACCCCCUCCGCGCUCUCCUCCCCACUGUCGUCAGGGAUCCCCUCCGCGCUCUCCUCACCGCUGUCACCAGGGACCCCCUCCGCGCUCUCCUCCCCGCUGUCACCAGGGACCCCCUCCGCGCUCUCCUCCCCGCUGUCGUCAGGGACCCCCUCCGCGCUUUCCUCCCCGCUGUCGUCAGGGACCCCCUCCGCGCUCUCCUCCCCGCUGUCGUCAGGGACCCCCACCGCGCUUUCCACCCCGCUGUCACCAGGGACCCCCACCGCGCUCUCCUCCCGGCUGUCGUCAGGGACCCCCCCCCCCCGCGUUCUCCUCCCCGCUGUCGUCAGGGACCCCCUCCGCGCUCUCCUCCCGGCUGUCGUCAGGGACCCCCCCCCCCGCGUUCUCCUCCCCGCUGUCGUCAGGGACCCCCUCCGCGCUCUCCUCCCCACUGUCGUCAGGGAUCCCCUCCGCGCUCUCCUCCCCGCUGUCACCAGGGACCCCCUCCGCGCUCUCCUCCCGGCUGUCGUCAGGGACCCCCCCCCCCCCGCGUUCUCCUCCCCGCUGUCGUCAGGGACCCCCUCCGCGCUCUCCUCCCCACUGUCGUCAGGGAUCCCCUCCGCGCUCUCCUCACCGCUGUCACCAGGGACCCCCUCCGCGCUCUCCUCCCCGCUGUCACCAGGGACCCCCCUCCGCGCUCUCCUCCCCGCUGUCGUCAGGGACCCCCUCCGCGCUUUCCUCCCCGCUGUCGUCAGGGACCCCCUCCGCGCUCUCCUCCCCGCUGUCGUCAGGGACCCCCUCCGCGCUCUCCUCCCCGCUGUCGUCAGGGACCCCCUCCGCGCUUUCCUCCCCGCUGUCACCAGGGACCCCCCCGCGCUCUCCUCCCCGCUGCCCCCAGGGACCCCCACCGCGCUCUCCUCCCCGCUGUCGUCAGGGACCCCCUCCGCGCUCUCCUCCCCGCUGUCGUCAGGGACCCCCCCCCCGCGUUCUCCUCCCCGCUGUCGUCAGGGACCCGCUCCGCUCUCUCCUCCCCGCUGUCGUCAGGGACCCCCCCCCCGCGUUCUCCUCCCCGCUGUCGUCAGGGACCCGCUCCGCUCUCUCCUCCCCGCUGCCCCCAGGGACCCCCUCCGCGCUCUCCUCCCCGCUGUCGUCAGGGACCCCCUCCGCGCUCUCCUCCCCGCUGUCGUCAGGGACCCCCUCCGCGCUCUCCUCCCGGCUGUCAUCAGGGACCCCCUCCGCGCUCUCCUCCCCGCUGUCGUCAGGGACCCCCUCCGCGCUUUCCUCCCCGCUGUCACCAGGGACCCCCCCGCGCUCUCCUCCCCGCUGUCGUCAGGGACCCCCUCCGCGCUCUCCUCCCCACUGUCGUCAGGGACCCCCACCGCGCUUUCCUCCCCGCUGUCACCAGGGACCCCCCCAUGCUCUCCUCCCCGCUGCCCCCCGGGACCCCCCCGCGCUCUCCUCCCCGCUGCCCCCAGGGACCCCCACCGCGCUCUCCUCCCCGCUGUCGUCAGGGACCCCCUCCGCGCUCUCCUCCCCGCUGUCACCAGGGACCCCCCCCGCGCUCUCCUCCCCGCUGUCACCAGGGACCCCCUCCGCGCUCUCCUCACCGCUGUCACCAGGGACCCCCAACGCGCUCUCCUCCCCGCUGUCGUCAGGGAUCCCCUCCGCGCUCUCCUCCCCGCUGCCCCCAGGGACCCCCCCCGCGCUCCCCUCCCCGCUGUCGUCAGGGACCCCCUCCGCGCUCUCCUCCCCGCUGUCACCAGGGACCCCCCCGCGCUCUCCUCCCCGCUGCCCCCAGGGACCCCCACCGCGCUCUCCUCACCGCUGUCACCAGGGACCCCUCCGCGCUCUCCUCCCUGCUGUCACCAGGGACCCCCCCGCACUCUCCCUGCUGUCACCAGGGACCCCCCCCGCGCUCUCCUCCCCGCUGUCACCAGGGACCCCCUCCGCGCUCUCCUCCCCGCUGUCAUCAGGGACCCCCCCCCCCCCGCGCUCUCCUCCCCGCUGUCGUCAGGGACCCGCUCCGCGCUCACCUCCCCGCUGUCGUCAGGGUUCCCCCUGCGCUCUCCUCCCCGCUGUCGUCAGGGACCCGCUCCGCUCUCUCCUCCCCGCUGUUGUCAGGGACCCCCCCCCCCGCGUUCUCCUCCCCGCUGUCGUCAGGGACCCGCUCCGCUCUCUCCUCCCCGCUGUCACCAGGGACCCCCCCGCGCUCUCCUCCCCGCUGCCCCCAGGGACCCCCACCGCGCUCUCCUCCCCGCUGCCACCAGGGAACCCCCCCCCCCCCGCGCUCUCCUCCCUGCUGUCACCAGGGACCCCCCCCCCCCCCGCGCUCUCCUCCCCACUGUCGUCAGGGACCCGCUCCGCGCUCUCCUCCCGGCUGUCGUCAGGGACCCCCCCCUGCGUUCUCCUCCCCGCUGCCACCAGGGACCCCCCCGCGCUCUCCUCCCGGCUGUCGUCAGGGAUCCCCUCCGCGUUCUCCUCCCCGCUGCCACCAGGGACCCCCACCGCGCUCUCCUCCCCGCUGUCGUCAGGGAUCCCCUCCGCGCUCUCCUCCCCGCUGCCCCCAGGGACCCCCCCCGCGCUCCCCUCCCCCGCUGUCGUCAGGGACCCCCUCCGCGCUCUCCUCCCCGCUGUCACCAGGGACCCCCCCGCGCUCUCCUCCCCGCUGCCCCCAGGGACCCCCACCGCGCUCUCCUCACCGCUGUCACCAGGGACCCCUCCGCGCUCUCCUCCCUGCUGUCACCAGGGACCCCCCCCGCACUCUCCCUGCUGUCACCAGGGACCCCCCCCGCGCUCUCCUCCCCGCUGUCACCAGGGACCCCCUCCGCGCUCUCCUCCCCGCUGUCAUCAGGGACCCCCCCCCCCCCGCGCUCUCCUCCCCGCUGUCGUCAGGGACCCGCUCCGCGCUCACCUCCCCGCUGUCGUCAGGGUCCCCCCUGCGCUCUCCUCCCCGCUGUCACCAGGGACCCCCCCGCGCUCUCCUCCCCGCUGCCCCCAGGGACCCCCACCGCGCUCUCCUCACCGCUGUCACCAGGGACCCCUCCGCGCUCUCCUCCCUGCUGUCACCAGGGACCCCCCCGCACUCUCCCUGCUGUCACCAGGGACCCCCCCCGCGCUCUCCUCCCCGCUGUCACCAGGGACCCCCUCCGCGCUCUCCUCCCCGCUGUCAUCAGGGACCCCCCCCCCCCCGCGCUCUCCUCCCCGCUGUCGUCAGGGACCCGCUCCGCGCUCUCCUCCCCGCUGUCGUCAGGGACCCGCUCCGCUCUCUCCUCCCCGCUGUUGUCAGGGACCCCCCCCCCCCGCGUUCUCCUCCCCGCUGUCGUCAGGGACCCGCUCCGCUCUCUCCUCCCCGCUGUCACCAGGGACCCCCCCCGCGCUCUCCUCCCCGCUGCCCCCAGGGACCCCCACCGCGCUCUCCUCCCUGCUGUCACCAGGGACCCCCCCCCCCCCGCGCUCUCCUCCCCACUGUCGUCAGGGACCCGCUCCGCGCUCUCCUCCCGGCUGUCGUCAGGGACCCCCCCCUGCGUUCUCCUCCCCGCUGCCACCAGGGACCCCCCCGCGCUCUCCUCCCGGCUGUCGUCAGGGAUCCCCUCCGCGUUCUCCUCCCCGCUGCCACCAGGGACCCCCCCGCGCUCUCCUCCCCGCUGCCCCCAGGGACCCCCCUUGCGCUCUCCUCCCGGCUGUCGUCAGGGACCCGCUCCGCUCUCUCCUCCCGGCUGUCGUCAGGGAUCCCCUCCGCGCUCUCCUCCCCGCUGCCCCCAGGGACCCCCCCCGCGCUCUCCUCCCCGCUGCCCCCAGGGACCCCCCCUGCGCUCUCCUCCCCGCUGUCGUCAGGGACCCCCUCCGCGCUCUCCUCCCCGCUGUCACCAGGGACCCCCCCGCGCUCUCCUCCCCGCUGCCCCCAGGGACCCCCACCGCGCUCUCCUCACCGCUGUCACCAGGGACCCCCCCGCGCUCUCCUCCCCGCUGUCACCAGGGACCCCCUCCGCGCUCUCCUCCCUGCUGUCACCAGGGACCCCCCCGCACUCUCCCUGCUGUCACCAGGGACCCCCCCCGCGCUCUCCUCCCCGCUGUCACCAGGGACCCCCCCCGCGCUCUCCUCCCCGCUGUCACCAGGGACCCCCCCCGCGCUCUCCUCCCCGCUGUCACCAGGGACCCCCCCGCGCUCUCCUCCCCGCUGCCCCCAGGGACCCCCACCGCGCUCUCCUCCCCGCUGUCGUCAGGGAUCCCCUCCGCGCUCUCCUCCCCGCUGCCCCCAGGGACCCCCCCCGCGCUCCCCUCCCCGCUGUCGUCAGGGACCCCCUCCGCGCUCUCCUCCCCGCUGUCACCAGGGACCCCCCCCGCGCUCUCCUCCCCGCUGCCCCCAGGGACCCCCACCGCGCUCUCCUCACCGCUGUCACCAGGGACCCCUCCGCGCUCUCCUCCCUGCUGUCACCAGGGACCCCCCCGCACUCUCCCUGCUGUCACCAGGGACCCCCCCCGCGCUCUCCUCCCCGCUGUCACCAGGGACCCCCCCCCGCGCUCUCCUCCCCGCUGUCACCAGGGACCCCCUCCGCGCUCUCCUCCCCGCUGUCAUCAGGGACCCCCCCCCCCCGCGCUCUCCUCCCCGCUGUCGUCAGGGACCCGCUCCGCGCUCACCUCCCCGCUGUCGUCAGGGUCCCCCCUGCGCUCUCCUCCCCGCUGUCGUCAGGGACCCGCUCCGCUCUCUCCUCCCCGCUGUUGUCAGGGACCCCCCCCCCCCGCGUUCUCCUCCCCGCUGUCGUCAGGGACCCGCUCCGCUCUCUCCUCCCCGCUGUCGGACCCCCGCGCGCUCUCCUCCCCGCUGCCCCCAGGGACCCCCACCGCGCUCUCCUCCCCGCUGCCACCAGGGAACCCCCCCCCCCCGCGCUCUCCUCCCUGCUGUCACCAGGGACCUCCCCACUGUCGUCAGGGACCCGCUCCGCGCUCUCCUCCCGGCUGUCGUCAGGGACCCCCCCCUGCGUUCUCCUCCCCGCUGCCACCAGGGACCCCCCCGCGCUCUCCUCCCGGCUGUCGUCAGGGAUCCCCUCCGCGUUCUCCUCCCCGCUGCCACCAGGGACCCCCCCGCGCUCUCCUCCCCGCUGCCCCCAGGGACCCCCCUUGCGCUCUCCUCCCGGCUGUCGUCAGGGACCCGCUCCGCUCUCUCCUCCCGGCUGUCGUCAGGGAUCCCCACCGCGCUUUCCACCCCGCUGUCACCAGGGACCCCCACCGCGCUCUCCUCCCGGCUGUCGUCAGGGACCCCCCCCCCGCGUUCUCCUCCCCGCUGUCGUCAGGGACCCCCUCCGCGCUCUCCUCCCGGCUGUCGUCAGGGACCCCCCCCCCCGCGCUCUCCUCCCCACUGUCGUCAGGGAUCCCCUCCGCGCUCUCCUCACCGCUGUCACCAGGGACCCCCUCCGCGCUCUCCUCCCCGCUGUCACCAGGGACCCCCUCCGCGCUCUCCUCCCGGCUGUCGUCAGGGACCCCCCCCCCCCGCGUUCUCCUCCCCGCUGUCGUCAGGGACCCCCUCCGCGCUCUCCUCCCCACUGUCGUCAGGGAUCCCCUCCGCGCUCUCCUCACCGCUGUCACCAGGGACCCCCUCCGCGCUCUCCUCCCCGCUGUCACCAGGGACCCCCUCCGCGCUCUCCUCCCCGCUGUCGUCAGGGACCCCCUCCGCGCUUUCCUCCCCGCUGUCGUCAGGGACCCCCUCCGCGCUCUCCUCCCCGCUGUCGUCAGGGACCCCCCUCCGCGCUCUCCUCCCCGCUGUCGUCAGGGACCCCCUCCGCGCUUUCCUCCCCGCUGUCACCAGGGACCCCCCCGCGCUCUCCUCCCCGCUGCCCCCAGGGACCCCCACCGCGCUCUCCUCCCCGCUGUCGUCAGGGACCCCCUCCGCGCUCUCCUCCCCGCUGUCGUCAGGGACCCCCCCCCCCGCGUUCUCCUCCCCGCUGUCGUCAGGGACCCGCUCCGCUCUCUCCUCCCCGCUGUCGUCAGGGACCCCCCCCCCGCGUUCUCCUCCCCGCUGUCGUCAGGGACCCGCUCCGCUCUCUCCUCCCCGCUGCCCCCAGGGACCCCCUCCGCGCUCUCCUCCCCGCUGUCGUCAGGGACCCCCUCCGCGCUCUCCUCCCGGCUGUCGUCAGGGACCCCCUCCGCGCUCUCCUCCCCGCUGUCGUCAGGGACCCCCUCCGCGCUUUCCUCCCCGCUGUCACCAGGGACCCCCCCCGCGCUCUCCUCCCCGCUGCCCCCAGGGACCCCCACCGCACUCUCCUCCCUGCUGUCGUCAGGAGGAUCCCCUCCCCUCCCCCGCCCCAGGGACCCCCCCUCGCUCCCCUCCCCGCUGUCGUCAGGGACCCCCUCCGCGCUCUCCUCCCCGCUGUCACCAGGGACCCCCCCGCGCUCUCCCCGCUGUCCCCCAGGGACCCCCACCGCGCUCUCCUCCCUCUCACCAGCUGAGACCCUUCCGCGCUCUCCUCACCUGCUGUCACCAGGACCCUCCGCACUCUCCCUGCUGUCAUCACAGGGACCCCCCCGCCUCCUCCCGCUGUCACCAGGGGCCCCAGGACCCCUCCGCGUCUCCUCCCCGCUGCUCACCAGGGACCCCCACCGCGCUCUCCUCCCCGCUGUCACAGGGAUCCCCACCGCGCUCUCCUCCCCGCUGCCCUCAGGGAUCCCCCCUCCGCGCUCCCCUCCCCGCUGCUCAGGGACCCCCCCCGCGCUCCCCUCCCCCGCUGUCUCCAGGGACCCCCACCGCGCUCUCCUCCCCGCUGUCACCAGGGACCCCCCCGCGCUCUCCUCCCCGCUGCCCCAGGGACCCCCACCGCGCUCUCCUCCCGCUGUCACCAGGGACCCUCCGCGCUCUCUCACCCUGCUGUCACCAGGGACCCCCCCGCACUCUCCUGCUGACAGGGACCCCGCGCUCUCCUCCCGCUGUCACCAGGGACCCUCCGCGCUCUCCUCCCCGCUGUCAUCAGGGACCCCCCCCCCCCCGCGCUCUCCUCCCCGCUGUCGUCAGGGACCCGCUCCGCGCUCACCUCCCCGCUGUCGUCAGGGUCCCCCCUGCGCUCUCCUCCCGCUGUCACCAGGGACCCCCCCGCGCUCUCCUCCCCGCUGCCCCCAGGGACCCCCACCGGCGCUCUCCUCACCGCUGUCACCAGGGACCCCUCCGCGCUCUCCUCCCUGCUGUCACCAGGGACCCCCCCGCACUCUCCCUGCUGUCACCAGGGACCCCCCCCGCGCUCUCCUCCCCGCUGUCACCAGGGACCCCCUCCGCGCUCUCCUCCCCGCUGUCAUCAGGGACCCCCCCCCCCCCGCGCUCUCCUCCCCGCUGUCGUCAGGGACCCGCUCCGCGCUCACCUCCCCGCUGUCGACCCCCACCGCGCUCUCCUCCCUGCUGUCACCAGGGACCCCCCCCCCCCCCGCGCUCUCCUCCCCACUGUCGUCAGGGACCCGCUCCGCGCUCUCCUCCCGGCUGUCGUCAGGGACCCCCCCCUGCGUUCUCCUCCCCGCUGCCACCAGGGACCCCCCCGCGCUCUCCUCCCGCUGUCGUCAGGGAUCCCCUCCGCGUUCUCCUCCCCGCUGCCACAGGGACCCCCCCGCGCUCUCCUCCCCGCUGUCACCAGGGACCCCCCCCGCGCUCUCCUCCCCGCUGUCACCAGGGGACCCCCCCCGCGCUCACUCCCCGCCCUCGCUGUCACCAGGGACCCCCCGCGCUCUCCUCCCCGCUGCCCCCAGGGACCCCCACCGCGCUCUCCUCCCCGCUGUCGUCAGGGAUCCCCUCCGCGCUCUCCUCCCCGCUGCCCCCAGGGACCCCCCCCGCGCUCCCCUCCCCGCUGUCGUCAAGGACCCCCUCCGCGCUCUCCUCCCCGCUGUCACCAGGGACCCCCCGCGCUCUCCUCCCCGCUGCCCCCAGGGACCCCCACCGCGCUCUCCUCACCGCUGUCACCAGGGACCCCUCCGCGCUCUCCUCCCUGCUGUCACCAGGACCCCCCCGCACUCUCCCUGCUGUCACCAGGGACCCCCCCCGCGCUCUCCUCCCCGCUGUCACCAGGGACCCCCCCCGCGCUCUCCUCCCCGCUGUCACCAGGGACCCCCUCCGCGCUCUCCUCCCCGCUGUCAUCAGGGACCCCCCCCCCCCCGCGCUCUCCUCCCCGCUGUCGUCAGGGACCCGCUCCGCGCUCACCUCCCCGCUGUCGUCAGGGUCCCCCCUGCGCUCUCCUCCCCGCUGUCGUCAGGGACCCGCUCCGCUCUCUCCUCCCCGCUGUUGUCAGGGACCCCCCCCCCCCGCGUUCUCCUCCCCGCUGUCGUCAGGACCCGCUCCGCUCUCUCCUCCCUGCUGUCGUCAGGGACCCCCCCCCCCGCUCUCUCCUCCCCGCUGUCGUCAGGGACCCGCUCCGGCUCUCUCCUCCCCGCUGUCACCAGGGACCCCCCACCGCGCUCUCCUCCCCGCUGCCCCCAGGGACCCCCACCGCGCUCUCCUCCCCGCUGCCACCAGGGACCCCCCCGCGCUCUCCUCCCCGCUGCCACCAGGGAACCCCCCCCCCCCGCGCUCUCCUCCCUGCUGUCACCAGGGACCUCCCACUGUCGUCAGGGACCCGCUCCGCGCUCUCCUCCCGGCUGUCGUCAGGGACCCCCCCCUGCGUUCUCCUCCCCGCUGCCACCAGGGACCCCCCCGCGCUCUCCUCCCGGCUGUCGUCAGGGAUCCCCUCCGCGUUCUCCUCCCCGCUGCCACCAGGGACCCCCCCGCGCUCUCCUCCCCGCUGCCCCCAGGGACCCCCUUGCGCUCUCCUCCCGGCUGUCGUCAGGGACCCGCUCCGCUCUCUCCUCCCGGCUUGUCGUCCAGGAUCACCCCACCGCGCUUUCCACCCCGCUGUCACCAGGGACCCCCACCGCGCUCUCCUCCCGGCUGUCGUCAGGGACCCCCCCCCCCGCGUUCUCCUCCCCGCUGUCGUCAGGGACCCCCUCCGCGCUCUCCUCCCGGCUGUC